AUGGCGUCAGGCCGCGUGGUCUCUUCCCCAGGGGCUCGCUGCCGUCUGGGGGGCCUGAAUUUCUUCAGGAAGGGGGUUCCCUUGCGAUGGGGAGGCGCGUCUGCUGUGAAUUCUGAGACCCCAAACUCGACUGUCUCCAGAGAGGCCAGCACUCAGUCCUCUUCUGCUGCGACCAGCCAGGGCUAUGUUUUACCAGAAGGCAAAAUCAUGCCAAAUACCGUUUUUGUUGGUGGAAUUGAUGUAAGGAUGGAUGAAACCGAAAUUAGAAGUUUCUUUGCUAGAUAUGGUUCAGUGAAAGAAGUGAAGAUAAUCACGGAUCGAACUGGUGUGUCUAAAGGCUAUGGAUUUGUUUCAUUUUAUAAUGACGUGGAUGUGCAGAAGAUAGUAGAAUCACAGAUAAAUUUCCAUGGUAAAAAGCUGAAACUGGGCCCUGCAAUCAGGAAACAAAAUUUAUGUGCUUAUCAUGUGCAGCCGCGUCCUCUGGUGUUUAAUCCUCCUCCUCCACCACAGUUUCAGAGUGUCUGGAAUAAUCCAAACACUGAAACUUACAUGCAGCCUCCAACUGUGGUGAAUCCUAUAACUCAAUAUGUCCAGGCAUAUCCUCCUUAUCCAAGCUCACCAGUUCAAGUUAUCACUGGAUAUCAACUGCCUAUUUAUAAUUAUCAGAUGCCACCACAGUGGCCUGCUGGGGAACCAAGAAGUUAUGUUAUACCUCCGGCUUAUACAGCUGUUAACUACCACUGUAAUGAAGUUGACCCAGGAGCUGAAGUUUUGCCAAAUGAAUGCUCAGUUCAUGAAGCUACUCCAUCCUCUGGAAAUGGCCCACAAAAGAAAUCUGUGGACCGAAGCAUUCAAACGGUGGUAUCUUGUCUGUUUAAUCCGGAAAACAGACUGAGGAACUCUCUUGUUAAUCAAGAUGACUACUUCAAGGAUAAAAGAGUGCAUCACUUUAGAAGAAGUCGGGCAGUGCUUAAAUCUGUUUGA